GACGCGGCGCUCGGUGAGCGCGCCGGGGACGAGAGGCGAGCAGAGAGUGGAGGAGGAGGCGGCGGUGGCGGGAGCGCUCCCCAGGAAUGUCGCCGCCGCUGCCACCGCCGGGGCCGCUGCCGUUGAGGAGGAGACGGAGGAGACCGACGUUGUUAGGAAGAUGAUCCAUAUGAUCUUGAGGAUCUGUCUGCGCAGAAAUGAGGGAUAUACAAAGAACCAAACAGACUUCUGAAAUUUGGGAUCUGUGUUUUAAGGUUUUAUUUUCAGAAUGAGAAAUAUAUAUGGUUAUCUUUAUGAAUGUAGAGACAUGACAAGAGAGUUAUGAUGGCAAAAAACAAAGAACCUCGUCCCCCAUCCUAUACUAUCAGUGUAGUUGGACUCUCUGGGACUGAAAAGGACAAAGGUAACUGUGGAGUUGGAAAAUCUUGUUUGUGCAAUAGAUUUGUACGCUCAAAAGCAGAUGAAUAUUAUCCAGAACAUACUUCUGUGCUUAGCACCAUUGACUUUGGAGGACGAGUAGUAAACAAUGAUCAUUUUUUAUACUGGGGUGACAUAACACAAAAUGGUGAAGAUGGAGUAGAAUGCAAAAUUCAUGUCAUUGAACAAACAGAGUUCAUUGAUGACCAGACUUUCUUGCCUCAUCGGAGUACGAAUUUGCAACCAUAUAUAAAACGUGCAGCUGCCUCUAAGUUGCAGUCAGCAGAAAAACUAAUGUACAUUUGCACUGAUCAGCUAGGUUUAGAGCAAGACUUUGAGCAGAAGCAAAUGCCUGAGGGAAAGCUGAAUGUAGAUGGGUUUUUAUUGUGCAUUGAUGUAAGUCAGGGAUGUAAUAGGAAAUUUGAUGAUCAACUUAAAUUUGUGAAUAACCUUUUUGUUCAGCUAUCAAAAUCAAAAAAACCUGUAAUAAUAGCAGCAACUAAAUGUGAUGAAUGUGUGGAUCAUUAUCUUAGAGAAGUUCAGGCAUUUGCUUCAAACAAAAAGAACCUUCUUGUAGUGGAAACAUCAGCACGAUUUAAUGUCAACAUUGAGACAUGUUUCACUGCGCUGGUACAAAUGUUGGAUAAAACCCGUGGCAAGCCUAAAAUUAUUCCCUAUCUGGAUGCUUAUAAAACACAGAGACAACUUGUUGUUACAGCAACAGAUAAGUUUGAAAAACUCGUACAGACUGUGAGAGAUUAUCAUGCAACGUGGAAAACUGUUAGUAAUAAAUUAAAAAAUCAUCCUGAUUAUGAAGAAUACAUCAAUUUGGAGGGAACAAGAAAAGCCAGAAAUACAUUCUCCAAACAUAUAGAACAACUUAAACAGGAACAUAUAAGAAAAAGGAGAGAGGAAUAUAUAAGUACAUUACCAAGAGCUUUUAACACUCUUUUGCCAAAUCUUGAAGAGAUUGAACAUUUGAAUUGGUCAGAAGCUUUGAAGUUAAUGGAGAAGAGAACAGAUUUCCAGUUAUGUUUUGUGGUGCUAGAAAAAACACCUUGGGAUGAAACUGACCAUAUAGACAAAAUUCAUGAUAGACGGAUCCCAUUUGACCUCCUGAGCACUUUAGAAGCUGAAAAAGUCUAUCAAAACCACGUACAACAUCUAAUAUCAGAAAAAAGAAGAGUAGAAAUGAAAGAAAAAUUCAAAAAAACUUUGGAAAAGAUUCAGUUCAUUUCACCUGGGCAACCAUGGGAGGAAGUUAUAUGCUUUGUUAUGGAAGAUGAAGCCUUCAAAUAUAUCACAGAGGCAGAUAGUAAAGAGGUAUAUAGUAGGCAUCAGCGAGAGAUAGUUGAAAAAGCCAAAGAAGAGUUUCAGGAAAUGCUUUUUGAGCAUUCUGAACUUUUUUAUGAUUUAGAUCUCAAUGCAACACCAAGUUCAGAUAAAAUGAGUGAGAUUCAUACAGUUCUAAGUGAAGAACCUAGAUACAAAGCUUUACAGAAACUUGCACCUGAUAGAGAGUCUCUUCUACUUAAACAUAUAGGAUUUGUUUAUCAUCCCACUAAAGAAACAUGCCUUAGUGGCCAAAAUUGUACAGACAUUAAAGUGGAGCAAUUACUUGCAAGUAGUCUUUUGCAUUUGGAUCAUAGUCGCUUACGGUUGUAUCAUGAUAGUUCAAAUAUAGAUAAAGUUAACCUCUUCAUUUUAGGGAAAGAUGGCCUUGCCCAAGAACUAGCAAAUGAGAUAAGGACACAAUCUACUGAUGAUGAAUAUGCCUUAGAUGGAAAAAUUUAUGAACUUGAUCUUCGGCCUGUUGAUGCCAAAUCGCCUUACAUUUUGAGUCAGUUAUGGACUGCCGCAUUUAAACCACAUGGGUGCUUCUGUGUAUUCAAUUCCAUUGAGUCAUUGAGUUUUAUUGGGGAAUUUAUUGGAAAAGUAAGAACAGAAGCUUCUCAGAUCAGAAAAGAUAAGUAUAUGGCUAAUCUUCCAUUUACAUUAAUUUUGGCUAACCAGAGAGAUUCCAUUAGUAAGAAUCUACCAAUUCUCAGGCACCAAGGGCAGCAGUUGGCAAACAAGUUACAGUGUCCUUUUGUAGAUGUACCUACCAGUACAUAUCCUCGUAAAUUUAAUGAAUCCCAAAUAAAGCAAGCUCUGAGAGGUGUAUUGGAAUCAGUUAAACACAAUUUAGAUGUUGUGAGUCCAGUUCCCACCAAUAAGGAUGUAUUGGAAGCAGACUUAAGAAUUAUCAUGUGUGCCAUGUGUGGUGAUCCAUUUAGGGUGGAUCUUAUUCUUUCACCCUUCCUCGAUUCUCAUUCUUGCAGUGCUGCCCAAGCUGGGCAGAAUAAUUCCCUAAUGCUUGACAAAAUUAUUGGUGAAAAAAGGAGGCGAAUACAGAUUACAAUAUUAUCCUAUCACUCUUCAAUUGGAGUAAGGAAGGAUGAACUGGUUCAUGGAUAUAUUUUAGUUUACUCUGCCAAACGGAAAGCGUCAAUGGGAAUGCUUCGAGCUUUUCUGUCAGAAGUUCAAGACACCAUUCCUGUGCAACUGGUGGCAGUUACUGACAGCCAAGCAGAUUUUUUUGAAAAUGAGGCUAUCAAAGAAUUAAUGACUGAAGGAGAACACAUUGCAACUGAAAUCACUGCUAAAUUUACAGCACUAUAUUCUCUAUCUCAAUAUCAUCGGCAAACUGAGGUCUUUACUCUGUUUUUUAGUGAUGUUCUUGAGAAAAAAAAUAUGAUCGAAAAUUCCUAUUUGUCUGAUAAUACAAGGGAAUUAACCCACCAAAGUGAAGAUGUUUUCCUACCAUCUCCCAGAGAUUGUUUUCCUUAUAAUAAUUACCCUGAUUCAGAUGAUGAUACAGAAGCACCACCUCCUUAUAGUCCAAUUGGUGAUGAUGUACAGUUGCUUCCAACAUCCAGUGACCGUUCCAAGACCAGAUUAGACUUGGAAGGAAAUGAAUAUCCUGUUCAUAGCACCCCAAACUGUCAUGAUCAUGAACGCAACCAUAAAGUGCCUCCACCUAUUAAACCUAAACCGGUUGUACCUAAGACAAAUGUGAAAAAACUAGAUCCAAACCUUUUAAAAACAAUUGAAGCUGGUAUUGGUAAAAAUCCAAGAAAACAGACUUCCCGGGUACCUUUAGCACAUCCUGAAGAUGUGGAUUCUUCAGAUAACUAUGCGGAACCCAUUGACACAAUUUUCAAACAGAAGGGCUAUUCUGAUGAGAUUUAUGUUGUUCCAGAUGAUAGUCAGAAUCGAAUUAUUAAAAUUCGAAACUCUUUUGUAAAUACGCAAGGAGAUGAAGAAAAUGGAUUUUCUGAUAGAUCCUCAAAAAGUCACGGAGAACGGAGGCCUUCAAAAUACAAAUAUAAAUCUAAAACCUUGUUUAGUAAAGCCAAGUCAUACUAUAGAAGAACACACUCAGAUGCAAGUGAUGAUGAAGCUUUCACUGCUUCUAUAAUAAGAAAAGGAAGACAUCGUGGUAGUGAAGAAGAUCCACUUCUUUCUCCUGUUGAAACAUGGAAAGGUGGUAUUGAUAAUCCUGCAAUCACUUCAGAUCAAGAAGUAGAUGAUAAGAAGACGAAGAAGAAGCCCCACAAAGUAAAAGAAGAUAAAAAGCAAAAAAAGAAAACUAAAAACUUCAACCCACCAACACGUAGGAAUUGGGAAAGUAAUUACUUUGGGAUGCCCCUCCAGGAUCUGGUCACAGCUGAGAAGCCCAUACCACUUUUCGUUGAAAAAUGUGUGGAAUUUAUUGAAGAUACAGGAUUGUGUACAGAAGGGCUCUACCGUGUUAGUGGAAAUAAAACUGACCAAGACAACAUUCAAAAACAGUUUGAUCAAGAUCAUAAUAUCAAUCUAGUAUCAAUGGAAGUAACAGUAAAUGCUGUAGCUGGAGCUCUUAAAGCUUUCUUUACAGAUCUGCCAGAUCCUUUAAUCCCAUACUCUCUUCAUCCAGAGCUAUUAGAAGCAGCAAAAAUCUUAGAUAAAACAGAACGUCUUCAUGCCUUGAAAGAAAUUGUCAAGAAAUUUCAUCCUGUAAACUAUGAUGUACUCAGAUAUGUGAUAACACAUCUAAACAGGGUUAGUCAGCAAAAUAAAAUCAACCUAAUGACAGCAGAUAACUUAUCCAUCUGUUUUUGGCCAACUUUGAUGAGACCUGAUUUUGAAAACCGAGAGUUUCUGUCUACCACUAAGAUCCAUCAAUCUGUUGUUGAAACAUUCAUUCAACAGUGUCAGUUUUUCUUUUACAAUGGAGAAAUUGUAGAAACUGCAAACACUGUGGCUCCUCCUCCACCUUCAAACCCAGGACAGCUGGUGGAAUCAGUGGUACCGCUUCAGUUACCACCACCAUUGCAACCUCAGCUGAUACAACCACAAUUACAGACGGAUCCUCUUGGUAUCAUAUAAGUGAUUGCAGACAGCCUAGAAUUGGACAAAAAGUAAACCUAGAUGUGCAUGUUUCAGGGUUCCAUAGUAUAUUUCAUGUUUCAUACAGAUAAUUCACAUUCAAAUGAGAUACUUUCUCUUUGAACUAUAUAGUAUUCCUUAUUCACCUACAUUACAAAUCUAAGGACAUGUGGUAAGCAUGACUGGAGAGGUUUAAUUUUUAUAAACAAAAAUAGCUAUAAAAUACAAAGCUGCUGCUGCAUGCAACCGUAUUGCAAUCAGUAUAUCAUUCCUGUGGCAAUUUAUGUCACAUUAUAUUGUGAAUAAAAUUUUUCUAUAGAAAUUAAAUGAUUUAAAAACUCACAUAUAUGAAACAUUUAAUGCUUUUCAGCCUGCUUUAUGGCUGAUUUUGUUAUUUGAUGUACCUAUUGGGUCAACUUAAUUUACAUUCUAGCAGUCUGUUGAUAACUAAAAGCCCACUUAAAUACAUGAUGUAAUUGAAAACCAUGGUUAAUAAUAUGGUCAAUGUUUAAAAUUUUUAGAAAAUUUAUUACAGUAAGAGACACAUUGCCAUUAAUUCUCCUCACAAUAUUCCUCUUAACUUGAAACGCACUUAUCCCAUCAUUCUUAUCAUUUUCUGAAGCAUUUCUGAAAGUGCUUUUUCAUGAGUGUAUUCAUUUUGACUGCUGUGAUUGCCUUAAUGUUCUAAAUUGAUUCAAAACACCUUCCAUGGUCAUUUUAGCUUUAAGAAAUAGUCAAAAGUCACACCAUCUGGUAAUAAGGUAGAUAAAGACACAUUGUAAGGCAUUGUUGAGACAGGGCUUUGCUGGGUCAUUAAGGCUGGCGUGGAUUCACGAUUUAGCCUAGACUGGCCUUGAACCUUCCAGUAGUUAUCCUGCCUCAGCCUUAUGAGUGGUAGGAUUACAGGCAUGCACCACCAGACUCAGCCCACUGUAAAUGAGCUUGCCUUUCAGUGGAUGGCAUUCCACAGCAGCAUUCACAUAUAUCUGGUCAUACCUCUUAAGAAAGAGGACUUCCAGAACUGUUUGAGAAUGUGGCAAGAGCAAUAGGAUAAGUAUGAUCAAAGCAAAAGGAAAUAUUUUGCAGGGCAUUAAUGGCAGUGCAUCUUCCACUGUAAUGAAAAUUUUUUUAAUUUAAGCAUUCACUGUACAUUUUGAUCACACUUCAUAGUUUACAAUUUCAGACUACUUAUGCCAUGCUUGGGAUAUUGUGUGAUAGAAAAAAAUAUACUUAACGUAUUUCAUACUCUGCACCUUCAUCUUCACUUCUAAAAAAAUCUGUGAAUGAUUUGAUGAAUAGAUAAAUCUAUUCCUUUUAUACACAUACCCAAGGACAUGCUUGUGGCUAAAAAUGGGUUGAUAAUGUGCAAAGGACAGCUGUCAACAACUCAUUUCCUUAUGGUCCAUAUUAAACAUUUUGUAUACGGUUAAUUCUGUAAACAGUUGCAUGUUCAAAAGAUCUAUGAUGGUCUUGUAAUCUUAAUCUAAUAUAUUUUAGAUAUUUUAAUUUUUUUCCCUCUUGGGGAAUACAUUUAGUAUAGUAUAGAAGAAUACUUCAUGACAUUUUCAUAUAAGGUUAUAUAACUUUUCAUACAUAAACAUGAAAUUUGUUGUAGAAAAUUCUUUAAACCAAACAUUUUAAUCUAGGACUUCAAUUUAAUCUGUUCCUUGAAUCUAUUUUUAUGUGGCCCUUAAAAACAUAUCCAAAAAAUCCAUUGCUAAGAUAGCAAUAAAAAUACUUUGGGUACUGACAGACUCCUUGGAGUAUGUAUAUAUAAAAUUAUAAACUUGUAUUCAUAUUCUUUUCUGUAAUGUGUUGUACUAAAAUCCAAAAUGGCUUUUGCACCAUUUUUAAAACCAUUUUUUCCUUUGACGUUGGUACCAGAGUUGCUAUGAAUGACUGCUGCUUUUGGGGUUAAAUAUUUUGUUACUGAAGAUACAACUAGAAACACUACAUUAUGGCUAAAAUUUUCAGACUAAGUGUUACAGGUAAAUUUUGUUAGGCUUUAUUCCAAAUUUUCUCAUGCCAUUUUUUUUCCAGGAAGAAAAAUGGUUCGUUUCCCAUUGCUGGGUCAUAUUUUGUGUAGUAAAGAAAAACUUCUUUGGUUGAUGUUGUAAUCUUCUAUCAUACUGCAAGUUUAAAAUUAUCGUAUGUAUAUUAUAGUAAACAGAUGAUUUUGAGAUUCAAGGCUCCUAAGAGUUUGAUUUGCCCAUUUUUCCCCUAAAAUAAAUACUCUUUCCCAACUAUUAUGUCCUAGGUAUUGUACUUCCAAUUUUGACUUCAGAACCAAGAUGUCAACAUGAACCAGGCUGCUGUUGAAAUAUAUGUAUAUUAUAAAUUAUCUUAUUUGUGUUAUACUCUUUCAUGUUAUUAUCUUUUCUAAGAAAACAAAACCCCUAUUAUUCCUAUUGCAAAGCACACAGGAAUUAAGAAAGUACAGUAAUUUUUAAAAAAAUUAUCCGGUAAAUGUAGUAUUCUUAACUUGUUCUAUAUUACUUAUACCUAUUGUCUAUAUAGCUUUAAUUUAUAGCUGUCAGUUUAACAUUGGCAUGUCUGGCAAAGAAAAUUAAACUUUAAGAGUUUUAUAAACUGUUUCUAGGUUGCUAAAGAAUUUAUUUUUCUACUAUAUAUGGUAUAGACAAAGCAUCAAAACUAUGUACAGGAAAAAGCCCGACUAUUUCUAUUGGAAGUAGGCUGAAAAGAGAAUUUUCAGAACUGUUCGUGUCUUUUGGUUCAUUCUGUCAUAACUUUGCUGUUGUAAUAUGUGAAUUCCGGUUUAUUUAAGCUGUUCAUUUUUAUACUCUGUUAAUUUAACUUCCAUCUGCAUUUAGUGCCAUUUUUGUUACUGAAAUUAGCAUUUGCCAUUUUCUACAUUAACCUUUCCCAAAACUUACCUCCACUUUUCUAUGCAUUCUAUCAUUGAUUUGACACACUUCAUAGUGAGUCAUUUAUUCUACAUUGGAUUCAAUCAACUAAUAGAUUACAGUUUUCGAAAAUUAAAGUAGUUUAAAGCUCAGUCUGUUACAUUGAAUUGAUUGUGUUUUUACCAAGAGUUUAGAUGUUUUUAAGUAUUAGAAAAACAAUCCUAAGAAGAACAUGAUAACAAUUAAAAUUUUUUCUGGUAAGUUACUGAAAGGUUUCACUGCUUAGAGACUCACAUGAGACUUAAUAAAAGAUUUAUAUAGUAGAUUGACUCAUAAUUGUGGGUAUAAUUAAGGCAUUAUAUUUUACAAUAUUAAAUAAAAUUUCAUCUGUAUACAUUGUCAUAUUUCACUUAAAGUUCAGUGCUUACAGUUACUACAGUAUUGGACUUAACAGUGUCUAGAUUAGCAGUAUAAAAAAUAGUGGUAUUCUAUUUCAGACUUUCAAUAGAUUCUUUAGAAGUCAGAUUAUAUUCAACUACUUAUUAGGAGAUACAAAAAUAAUUUCAGAACAAAAUUCCAGACACAACAUAUCUCUUUGAAGUGGUAUUUUGACUAUUAUUUUUCCCCUUAACAUUUACUGUGUAAAUACUGUAGGUAACAGCAAUCUAACUUAGCUAGAAAAGCAGCUUUUAUUUUCCAUACUGUAUGUAAAUAAUGUAGGCCCCUUUUUUUUCCUUGUCUUGUUUUGGUUUUUUCUUUUGUUUGUUUGUUUUUGAGGUACUGGAAUCUAAUUUUAAUAUCUUAAAAGGGAAUAAUUGGAAUAAAACUUAGGCCUCAGCUUCCAUGGUGAUUUUUAGUUUUUUAUACAGUAAUAAUUGUGAUGCUAUUUGUCAACUGGAUAUAAAUAUAUAUAUAUAAUUUUAAAAAGUCAAAAGUGGUUUGUUUCUGUUUAUAAUUAAUGUAAUUUUGUGCUUCACCCAAAGGAUGCUGCAGAAAAUUAAGUACCAGUGAAGCUUCCGAUGUACAAAGAGUGCUAUGAAUAAAACAUGAAGAAGCUGUGUAAUUUUAA